UCCGGGACGAACACUUCCGGGCUGCGUCUGCCCCCGGUACUGUUCUCGGUUCCCGGAGCCGGCGGGAGCGGCAGGGCCGUGCGGGCCCGUGCUUUGGAGGCGCUCGCUUUCCUGCCAGGCAGCGGCGGAGCAUGCGCUGGUCCAUGGGCACGAGGCCAGUUCUACAUGUGAUGUGCCAGCCUCCAGUCCCAGAGCCAUGGGGGAGAUGAGGUAGCCCUUGGGUUUGAUUUGGGGAAGCCCAGUUCAAUGGAUACGAAGUACAAGGAUGACUUAUUCCGGAAGUACGUGCAGUUCCAUGAGGGCAGAGUGGACACCACCCCCGGCACACAGCAGCCUGGCAGCGAUGAGUACCUGCGAGUGGCAGCUGCCACCCUGCUCAGCCUGCACAAGGUGGACCCUUUAUAUCGAUUUCGGCUGAUCCACUUUUAUGAGGUGGUGGAGAGCUCCCUCCGCUCGCUGAGCAGCUCCAGCCUGAGCGCUCUGCACUGCGCCUUCAGCAUGCUGGAGACGGUGGCCAUCAACCUCUUCCUGUUCCCCUGGAAGAAGGAGUUCCGCAGCAUCAAGACCUACACGGGCCCUUUUGUUUACUAUGUCAAGUCCACGUUACUGGAGAAGGACAUCCGAGCCAUUCUAAGGUUCAUGGGCUACGAGCCUGAGUUGGGGACUGCAUACAAACUCAAAGAGCUUGUGGAGUCCCUCCAGGUGAAGAUGGUCUCCUUUGAGCUCUUCCUGGCCAAGGUCGAGUGUGAGCAGAUGCUGGGGAUCCACUCGCAGGUGAAGGACAAAGGCUACUCAGAGCUGGACGUGGUGACUGAGCGCAAGAGCAGCACAGAGGAUGCGCGUGGGUGCUCGGAUGCCCUGCGGAGGCGGGCUGAGAGUCGGGAGCACCUAACCACUUCCAUGGCUCGUGUGGCACUCCAGAAGUCAGCCAGUGAGCGAGCAGCCAAGGACUACUACAAGCCCCGAGUGACCAAACCCUCCAGGUCGGUGGAUGCCUACGACAGCUACUGGGAGAGUAGGAAGCCCCCCUCAAAGGCCUCACUGAGUCUGCGCAAGGAGCCCCUGGCUAUGGAUGUAGGGGAAGACUUGAAGGAUGAGAUCAUCCGCCCAUCCCCUUCAUUGCUGACCAUGUCCAGCUCCCCCCAUGGUAGCCCCGAUGACCUUCCCUCCAUCUCCCCUGUCAACGGCCUUGGCCUUCUUCGUAGUACGUACUUUUCCACUCAGGAUGACGUGGACCUGUAUACUGAUUCAGAACCCAGGGCCACCUACCGGAGGCAGGAUGCUCUGCGGCCAGAUGUAUGGCUGGUCAAAAAUGAUGCCCACUCCAUCUACCACAAGCGUUCACCCCCCACCAAAGAGUCUGCCCUUUCCAAGUGCCAAAACUGCGGCCUGUCCUGCAGCUCCUCCCUCUGCCAGCGCUGUGACAGUGUACUGGUCUGUCCUUCGUCCUCCAAGCCCAGUGCUUUUCCCAGCAAGGCCUCUGUACACGACAGCGUGGCCCACGGGGCACCUAUGCGGGAGAAGUAUGUGGGCCAGACUCAGGGCCUUGACCGGCUGGCACCUGUCCACUCAAAGCCCAAGCCCUCUACCACAGCCACCUCCCGCUGUGGCUUCUGUAACCGUGCAGGUGCCACCAACACAUGCACCCAGUGUUCAAAAGUUUCCUGUGACGCCUGCCUCGGCGCCUACCACUACGACCCUUGCUGCAGAAAGAGUGAGCUGCACAAGUUCAUGCCCAACAAUCAGCUGAAUUACAAAUCCACUCAGUUCUCCCAUCUCGUGUACAGAUAGGCCCCGCCCCCAUUCUACGCUACAAGGGCUACACACCACUGACCUGGCUUGGUCCUGUCAAGAGGUGGCAGCACUGCACCGGAAGCAAGCAGAGACUUGAGCUUGACCAGGGUUACUGCUCCAUGACAUUCCACCCAGUGGCUGCUGUGUGGUCUGAAGGACAGGAUGGCACUUCCGUUCAGUCACUUCGCUGACCUCUCCACUCCCUGCUCAGCUGGUUUGGGUUUGGGUUUGGGUUCUGGUUCUGGUUCCCGUGAAAUAAGGUCUCUGUCUUUGGGACUCUUGCCACACCUUCCCCUCCCCCACCCCCCAACUGCAAAGCCAGCUUGGACUGGGAAGGAGCCUUUGGGGUCACCUUUCAACCCCCAUCAGGAGUGGUGAGCUAGAGGCCUGCUGGCUUGUGAAAUGAGCCCUCCUGCCACACCGGGCCUCUCUGGUGGCUCGCCUCUUUUCCUG